AAUCAGUCGCUAUUGUUAUCUAGACAUUAUUAAAAUGGUGAAAAUGAAUUAUUUCAUAAUUUUACUCUGCUUUAACAUAAAGUUUACCUUAUGCGCCAGAAUAUUAGCAGUGUUUCCUACACCAUCGAUAAGCCAUCAAAUGGUAUUUAGACCUUUGAUUAAUGAACUGGUAAGACGGGGUCAUGUAAUAACAGUUAUCACUACAGAUCCUCAGUACCCACCGGGCCAAACGCCAAAUAACCUAACAGAAAUAGACGUUCAUGAUGUAUCAUAUAAACUGUGGAGAGACGAAUUCGCAAAAAUGCCUAAUGAAAAUACUCCUGAUACACUUUCUCAAGCGAGAACAACGCUCAAAGUACUUUUAAAACUCAUACUAGCUCAAUUAGAGACGAGUAAAGUUCAACAUCUUAUCAGAGAGAAGAAAGGCGAAUUUGAUUUAUUAUAUAUAGAAGCUUGGGUCAAACCAGCAUUGAUUUAUUCACAUUUCUUUAAAGUGCCAGUAAUACAGAUAAGUUCUUUCGGCGGUUUAAGCCAUAAUUAUAAAGCAAUCGGUGCUGUUGAGCAUCCAUUCUUGUACCCCUCAAUACUGCAACAGAGACAUUAUAAUUUGACGAAAUGGGAGAAAAUUCAAAUGUAUUUAAAAUACUGGCGACUCGAAAAAAUCUUCGAUGAAGCUAAUGAGGAAGAUGAUAAAGCGUUACAAAAUAUAUAUGGUUCAGACUUUCCAUCGUUGAAUGAAUUGUGUGAUAAUAUUCAUAUGUUAUUUUUAAAUAUUCAUCCUAUUUGGUCGAACAAUCAACCCGUACCCUCCAAUGUGAUUUAUAUCAGAGGUCUAGACGUCAAGCCACCGAAACGAUUACCGAAGGAUCUCCAGACGAUACUGGAUACAUCGAAAAACGGCGUAAUUUAUUUCAGUUUCGGAACAAGUAUUAAUUACUCUUUAAUACCUCUAGAAAAAAUACUAAUAUUCAUAAAAGUAUUUUCACAACUACCGUAUGAUGUUAUAUGGAAGUGGAACGAUGACGUCUUACCGGUUAAAUCAAAAAAUAUUCACGUAUUUAAAUGGCUUCCACAAGCCGAUCUGUUAAAACAUCCAAAUAUAAAAUUAUUCAUAAAUCAAGCUGGACUGCAUUCUACAGACGAAGCUAUUAGAGCUGGGGUACCAUUAAUUGGCAUACCAAUACAAGUGGAUCAAUGGUACAAUGCUGAAAAAUACGUUUAUCACAGAAUUGGUGUUCAUCUCGAAAUGGCUAAACUGAAUGAAAAAGUAUUGCGUGAUGCAAUUGUAAAUGUAAUUAGUGACAAAAGCUAUCGAGACAAUAUAUUAAGAUUAUGUACUCUUAUGGAGGAUCAAUCAGAUAUGGCGCUAGAACGUGCUGUGUGGUGGACGGACUACGUAUUGCGUCACGGAGCUAAGCAUCUGCGUGCUGUUAGUGCUAAUAUUUCUAGGACACAAUACUACGAAUUAGAAUUAGUGUCCAAAGCUAUAUUUAUUGUUUUAUUCAUCUUAAUAGUAGCUAUUAUAUCUGUAAUAAUCAUCAUUUUCAAUGUUUUCAAUCUGUCGCGCGUUCCGUCACGAUAA